AUUGAGUCUGAGUUUGAGACGAGCUCCAUUUCCAGGCCCUAAAUCCAUCUCUCUCGUUCUCAUCCAAAAUGCUAGCUCGCCUGGCUGCCAAUCGUCUUGCCGGAAUCCGUCAAAGUUUCCGUCAGACUUCGCGAUGCCUCUCAACUGCCCUUAACUAUCAUAUAGAUACGCCGGAUAACAAUUCCGAUCUUCCCUGGGAAUUCUCCGAGACGAACAAAAAAAAGGUUGCAGAGAUAUUAUCCCACUACCCCUCCAACUAUAAACAAUCUGCUGUCAUUCCUUUGUUAGAUCUUGCACAACAGCAGCAUGGAGGAUGGCUUCCUAUUUCUGCAAUGAAUGCAGUAGCUAAGGUUGUAGAGGUUGCUCCCGUCCGUGUAUAUGAAGUUGCAACAUUUUAUUCAAUGUUUAAUCGAGCAAAGGUAGGCAAGUACCACUUAUUAGUUUGUGGCACUACUCCAUGUAUGAUUCGUGGCUCUCGGGAAAUAGAAGAGGCUUUACUGAAGCACUUGGGAGUGAAGCGCAACGAAGUAACAAAGGAUGGUCUGUUCUCUGUUGGAGAAAUGGAAUGCAUGGGAUGUUGUGUUAAUGCUCCAAUGAUCACAGUCGCCGAUUACUCGAACGGAUCUGAAGGAUACGCAUACAAUUACUAUGAAGAUGUCACUCCUAAACGGGUCCUCGAGAUAGUAGAGAUGUUGAGAAGAGGGGAGAAACCACCGCACGGAACACAAAACCCAGGACGCAUACGUUGUGGACCAGAAGGAGGAAACACGACUUUGUUAAGCGACCCAAAACCGCCUCCGUGCCGGGAUCUUGAUGCUUGCUGAAAAGCCUCUAUUUAUUUCAUCCAAUAAUGCAAAUCUGGGAUGUAUUCAAUCAAUCAAGCUGCCAUAGAUUGUUGGUUUGAUUAAUAGCUAUUUUGUCAAAUCUCAUCCACCUUCCAGGAAGGAAAAAGUUCAUAUUUACUACCGCCAGAAUGGAUUCUGGUGGACUUCUCAAUAACACGCAACGCUUUCAUGUCGUGUUGUCCAAGCUAUGCAUGCUUCAUUUUUUGGAAUAUUGUAUAAACUAUAGACGACUUCAGCUGUUUUUAUGCAUAUCAAAUUUAGAUAA